UUUCAUCUUCUUCCUUCCUCUUCCUCUCAAAUUGCCCAACAGUUCCACGCUCCUCUUUUCCAAUUUUGAGAUUCUUCUAUGACGAAUACAGGAAUUCCACUCCAAAAUCCCCAAUUUCCAAAACCCCUUCGCAAUCGACCUUCCCCCGCCGCCGCCGAUGCCGCCGCGCCACCACGACUUCGAAAAAUCGAUUGGGCUAUAGCCCUAAUCGACUCGAUCGCCGACGAUUUGGGCGGCGGCGAUUGCCGAUUCCCGAAGCCGAUUAAUCUGCUGGCGCUGAAGAAGCAGAUUCUGGAGAUCAGCAGCUCGAUUUCGGCGGCGGUGAGUGAGCAAUCGCCGAGAUCGCCGGCGGAUUUUGGGAUCAAGACGCGGGGGUUGCAGGUGACGAGCCCGAGCCCAUUCGGCGGCGGCGGAGGGAAGGGUUUUGUGCGGCAGCUGUCGCUGAAGGAGACGGAGAUGUCGGAGUAUUACACGUGCAUGAUCAAGCACAGCCCCAAUCCAGAAACUAAACAUAUCUACGAUGACUGCAUUUUGGAUGAUCACGAUCCAAAAUUGGAUCUUUCGCAGCCCCAAACUGGUAUUAGCUUUCCUUUUCCAGUUAAUGUUUAUCCAUUGUUGGGGCAGAUCAUGUUUUUGGCUUUCCGUUUCAAGGAGGUGGAACUGUGGGGCAAUUUGAGAGGUAGAGGAAGAAGUUGAUCUAAUUAGAGAAUUAAUUAGGGAGUAAAAAAUCAGAAUAAAGUUUAAUUUGGUCAAAAUUGGAGUUGACCAUUAGUUUUUAACGGAAAUAUUGACGGAGGACUAAAAUGAUCAAAUUUCUACAUGUGCAGGACCAAAAAAUCCAAAAGAUAAUGUUUAAGACCAAAAACGUAAAAUGACCAUAUGUUCAAGACCAAUUUUGGCCUUUACUCUUUAGAAUUUCCUGCCACUGAUAUUGCCAAUCAAAAGUAAUAAAUUUACAUAUUUUUGGUUUGUUGGCUACUUCGACAGUCGUUACGUUUUUUAGUUCCCUAAACCUGUAUAGC